CACGUUAAAAUAGCUUGUUUGCGGGAGAAACCCUCGCCGGGAUCUUUCCGACGGAGCCGAGAGCCGAGGUCGAAAAGGCGGAGAGCGCGCUUCCUCGCAUCUUACAUCAGUCCCGGGGGUGUCUUAAAUGCGCGCGGAUCAGUGACAAGAUCACAGUUGCGAACUGACCGAUUUAAGGAUGGAUUGCUGGUCGGCCUGGCUGCUCCUCGUCUCGUUGCUCGGCGCACUCUUGCUCGCGGGCGGCGUCGAGUUAACCUUCGAGCUGGCCGACAACGCCAAGGAGUGCUUCUACCAGGAGAUCGAGAAGAACGUCUCGUCCACGUUGGAGUUUCAGGUGGUUACAGGUGGCCAGUAUGAUGUAGAUGUAACUUUGGAGGCUCCAAAUAAGGAAAUUAUCUAUAGUCAAGUGAAGACACAAUUUGAUUCGCAUAACUUUAUACCAACUAUAUCAGGAGUGUAUAAGGCCUGCUUUAGCAAUGAAUUUUCUACAUAUUCACAUAAACUUGUGUAUAUGGACUUCCAAGUCGGCGACGAAAUGCCGCUUCCUGGUCUUGGAGAACACGUCACAGUAAUGACUCAGAUGGAGUCUUCGGCACAGGAAGUGCACAAGAAUUUAAUCAGCAUCCUCGAUUAUCAGACGCAUCACCGUUUGCGUGAAGCACAAGGUCGCAAACGCGCGGAGGAACUUAAUGAACGGGUGCUUUGGUGGUCGGUAAUGGAGACAGCUUGCAUUCUGUUCAUCUCCGUGGGGCAGGUAUUCAUUUUGAAGAACUUCUUUACGGAUCGAAGUCCUUCUCAAAGUUAUUAGUGUGAUUGCAAAGUAAUGAAAAAGGAAAAACUCGUUUACUAUCGAGGUACACGAUCAUCGAUCGAAUUGUCCUCGUGAUGUUUUUUUUCAUCACCGGACAAAGUGCCAUCGUACUGUCCGCCGGUAAUAUGUCAAAUCUGCACGUUCUCUCAGCGGAACAUUCAUCGCGAACCUCUUCUGGCAGUCUGCUUCGAAUCUUUCGCUGAAAGGACUUGGCGAUCGGAAUCCAAAGAGCCGGUGAGAAGCACAAAGUGAUCUACAUCCUCGCGCGUAUCAUGAACGUAUGCAUCGUUCAUAGAUACUAAUUUAUACCGAGGAUAAGAACAUUUGCAACACGGGUGCUGAUACAACUCGGAAUGAUUAGAAGGGAGAGUGCAAGCAAUAGAAAUCUUACACAUACUCCUCUCGAUGGACACUCAAGUUGUACUUAUACUGGCCACAGAGACAAUAUAAUGGAUACUGAAGGGGACAUGGACAUCAUGUUUUUCUUACUGUGAAUGUGUAACAUAAUAAAUUAAAAGAUACUUGUGUGUAUUA